AUGUACGGUCGCUACGUCAACGAUACUGAAAAUCCAGAGCUCUAUGCUACUUUCAUGCCAAAAGUCGAGGCCUACAGAGCAAAACUGAAAGCUGGUAUUCUUGACGAAUACAAACUUCCUGACGAAUUGGUUCCCAAAGCAGAAAAGAUUCUCACCAAGCCAGAGCUAGCCAUCAUAGACACUCCUGGGUAUCAGUUGGUCGAGAAAAUUGCUUCUGGAGAGCUUACCUCGGUGGAAGUGUUCAAGGCAUUUGCCAAGACUGCCACUGUGGCCCAUCAGACCACAAACUGCGCCAUGGAACUCUUUAUGGAUGAAGGUCUCAAAAGAGCAGAGGAGCUUGACGAAUACUACAAAAAGACAGGAAAAACCGUUGGUCCUUUGCACGGGCUUCCAAUUUCCUUGAAAGAGCACUACAACUAUAAAGGGAAAGUUACUCACUGUGCUAACGUCAUCAGAAUCGAUAACGUCACCGAUAACUGGUGUCUGACUGUCGAGGUGCUUCUGAAUGCUGGUGCUGUGUUCUAUGUCCGCACAACCGAGCCACAAACCCUGAUGCACUUGUGCUCCAAUAAUAACAUUACCGGGCUGUGCCUAAACCCCAACAACACUGCCUUGACUCCAGGUGGAUCCAGUUCCGGUGAGGGAGCCAUUGUGGCCAUGAAGGGAUCAGUGAUGGGUCUUGGUUCGGAUAUUGGUGGUUCUAUUAGAUGUCCAGCGGCCUUCUGUGGAGUGUUUGGUCUGAGACCUACUCAGAAAAGAUUGUCAAUGAAAAAUGUGACCUUUUCGUUCACUGGAGUGGAGGAAGGUGUUGUUUGCGUACUUGGGCCACUUGCAAGAACCGCCCAGGACAUUGAUCUUUUCAUGAAGGUCUCACUUGAUGCAAAACCUUGGGAGAGAGACGCAACGCUGAUUCCUCUUCCUUGGAGAGACGUUCCUGUUCCUGCAGCCAAGGACAUCAAGGUUGCAAUUAUGUACGAUGAUGGGGUGGUCAAGCCGACUCCUCCUAUUCUGAGAGGAUUGAAGUAUGCUGCUGAGAAGCUAAAAGCUUCCGGAGUGACUGUGGUCGAAUGGGAGCCAUUUGGGGUAAAGGAGUGUGUGGAGACUGUCAACUGUUUCUACAGCGCAGAUGCAAACAAGGCCCAGAAAGAUGCUCUUGCUGCCUCGGGAGAACCUGUCCUUGAACUAACUAAAAACGCCCUAGCCUUUGGACGUGGAGAUGAUGGAUGGUCUGCUACUGAAGAACGGCUGGGCCAGGCACUCAGAGACAAGUACAGAAUGGAGUACCAAGACAAAAUGAUGGAGCUUGGUGUUGAUUUCAUUCUUUCUCCAACCUAUGUUUCUGUUGCUGCCAAACUGGAAACUAUUCAUUACUGGGGUUAUACUUCACUGUGGAACGUUCUGGAUUUUCCCAACGUUGUUUUUCCAACAGGCCUGAAGUGUGAUCCUGCCGUGGAUGUUCCAGAUUCAGGGUACGCUCCAAGAAGCGACAUUGAGAAAUACGAGUACGAACUUUACAAGGAUGCUAAAGAGUUCAAAGGUGCUCCAAUCUCACUUCAGCUCACCGGAAGACGGUGGUUUGAUGAGGAGGUCGUAAAAGCGGCACAAGUAGUGCACGAAAUAGUUAGCGCAUAA